AUGAACUGUGUCGUGAUUAUAUCAAUGAGCGUAAACCCCUCUGAUUCAGAUGCUCAAGUUGAGUGUAAUACAGAUACCAUUGUUGAUGGAACUAUGGCCUUACAUCUUAAAACACGGAACAAGAAUGAUGGAGAGGCUUCAAGGAAUGAGGGAUUUCUUGAAAUAUACAAGAACUAUGAAUGGAAGCGUGUAUGUGUCAGUGAAUGGAACAUUUUAUUAACCCAGAUUGCAUGUAAACAAAUGGGCUACUCGCACGGAGCUUAUGAAAAUGAUGGUGUCUUCAAAUUGUGGGAUGCAAGCGAAAAAAUAUUCUACAACGACUUCAAAUAUCAUGGUGUUUUGCGAAGCGCUGUGAAUUGCAAUGACAAUGACAUUGCUAUAUCGUCAUGCUUGAAUGACGCAGACAAAAGCUGUUUCUUCAACCAUGUAUAUAUGAAAUGCUACGAAGCAUGGGACGUCACAAGUCAGUGGGACAACAUCACAAGUGUAUCACUUUCACCCUCUGCAGAAUGUGAAAGUAUUUUGAACGCUGGAAAAACUGAAAUGGCAAAUGACAUUCCUUUGUCAUGUCAGGGGCGUUGUGCCGAGGUUCCCUCCGUUAGAUCUACGUGGUGUUACUGUGAUUCAAAAUGUGCUGACAACAAUGACUGUUGCUAUGACUACACUGACGCAUGCUGGCAUGACACACAAGACGAUGGUAAAAAUGACGGUCCUAAAGAAACUCGAGAUAGAAAUACUAGUGAAAGUCAAGAUCCUAAACCAGCCGAAGAGAAUGACCUAAGCCAGUAUAAAGAAUGUGUGGAAACCUAUGAGAAUUAUGAUCAACUAAGGCAGUAUAAAAUGAUAGCAAGAUGCCCGAGUUAUACACAAGACCAAAACUUGGCUAUGCUGUGUAUCGAUGCAUCAUUUUCAUUUGAUUUGUCGGGACACAAAUUCAGUUCCAUUGCGCGUCUACCUGUUUAUAUCAAUGAAACAGGAGAAACGUUCAAGAAUGUAUAUUGUGCGAUUUGUCAUGGGUUUGGGCUUGAUGAUGUUUUGGCAUGGUCUUUAAGAUAUGACUGCUUGAAUGUCGAUGGUGUUGAACGUGCAUUACAAAAUAAACAUAUGCAGGACUUGAGAUCUUUGAUUCAUCUAAACGGGUGUACUUUGAGGCCUGAAGGAGGUCGGCCGAGACCUAUGCCAUGUAAAGCAAAUUGCCGAUUUAUCACAAUUCCACCACGUGGAGUCAACUUGAGACAGUGUCACCAUCAUGUUGAUGAAUGUGAUGUUAGGUAUGUUCCGACCGCAUAUAGACAACAGCGUGAUCUUUAUAUGUUAUAUGAAUCGUGUUUGAAAUAUUCUGCACCAGUUAUAUUUCAGAAAGAUCAAGUUGACAAGAGUCCAAUCAUCUACAAGAAUAUCCACUGCGCAGUGUGCAAUGGUGCCGACCCCUACCGGUUGGGCUGCAAGGUGUCUAACAUUACAAAUGAGGGGUUUGAAGUAAUUACAGUUAUGGGUAAUUUCGUCCAGAAACUGGUAAACGACAAUCAUUUUUUUGUUCUGGAAUGGUAUUACACCUUGGGGGAUCUAGUUUUUUCAUCCAAUGUCUCUGAUUUAAAGGCAUGCGACGAGAACGAUUUGCCUGAAUCUGGACCAGCCCACAACUUCAUUGAUUCUCUUACUCUUGUUAAUGCAUAUAGAUGUACUUAUAUAGGCUGCUUAAAUGAAAAUUCAAUGAUAAAUCGAACAUGCAAGAGAGAAUCACUCAAAGAUGAAUCUCUCGUGCAAGAAGAUUCAGUUAUAAGUAUGAGUACAACUGUGGAUGACUUGCCAAGAAUCGUGGGAAGUAAUAGUACAAGUGCUGAAUUUCCCACGUCCGGUGUUGGGGCAUCUCAGAGCACUAUGGGCAUGAGAGCAAACAGCCAAGCACAUGUAUAUCAUACAUGUACAUGCAUUGAGCACGUGCUGUUAUUGGCUCUUCUUAACCCACUCCUAAUUUUCUUCUAA